AAUUGCUCGCUAGGUGAUUGCGCCCCUAAACCAACUGACAACUCUACCUCCCCGGCACUCAAACUUUAACACUGUGGUCAAACAUUUGUGUUUUUGUAUUAAUGGCCAUCCAACAGCAAAGCAUCCUUGAUUCUUCUGUGUCCAUAGUGAUGAUUCCGGUGGCUGUUCUGUUCAGUACCGUAUUCUAACCAGUGAAGAUGAAACAGUGCGAGGUGGAGGAUGUCUUGUCCGGUGAGGACCUGGAACAUUACACAGAUUUCUUCCUGAACUAUGCGCUUGAGCACCAUGAAGAUGAUCUUGUACAGAUUCUCCUUGAAGAAGAUGAUAUGGAUCAUUAUCCAGUUAUCAUCAAUGCCUGUUUGCUGUUAGACCUCAAGAAUGUGGCUACCUUCCAUGCUCUGGUUUUCAUGCCUUCCAAGAUUCUACCUACCAUAGAUCAAGCUUUGAGGGCUGCUGCUACACAGAUCAUGCUGGGUCAUGUUGAGCGCCCGAACAUGGUCUUAAAGGCAAAUAUUCAUGCAAGGAUAACAGGCCUUCCACGGGUUCCAGAAAUAAAACGGGAAACGUUACCCAAGACUGCUGAUCUAAAGAGAUUAUUGUGCAUAUCAGGAACUGUCAUUCGAGCAAGUCAGAUGAAAAUGCUUGAAUACGAGAAGUCCUUCAUUUGCAACAAGUGCAGGCAUCUAUUCACAGUCGAGGCUUGUUUCGAGCAAUACUUUACUUUCCCAAAGCCGUCCAAAUGUCCGAAUGUUGAAUUAGAGUGUGGAUCAAGUAACUUCACAGUCAUGAGUGAACAAGGUGCUGGCCCCAGUAAAUGCAAGAAUUAUCAGGAGAUCAAAAUACAAGAGCAAGUUCAGAACCUUGCCCUCGGGACUAUUCCUCGUUCAAUGAUGGUCGCUCUUGAAGAUGAUUUAGUUGAUACCUGUAAGCCUGGUGAUGAUGUCGAAAUCUGCGGCGUAGUUACUGCCCGAUGGAUGCCUGUUGCCGUUGACAACCGUUGUGGUAUGGAGCUGGUAACCAGGGCCAAUAAUGUGGAGAUCAUCAACAAAGAGGGCCACAAGUCUUUACUUGAUGAGGAAACGAAAGAUGAAUUCAAACGGUUUUUGGAUGAUCACAAGUUCAAACCGAUUACAGGACGGAAUCACAUCCUGGCAAGUCUCUGCCCCCAGGUUUAUGGGCUCUAUGUCGUCAAACUUGCGGUGGCUAUGGUAUUAGCUGGAGGGGUACAGAGAAUUGAUGAAAGUGGAACAAGAGUGAGAGGGGAGUCGCAUCUUCUGCUUGUUGGUGAUCCAGGCACUGGUAAAUCCCAGUUUUUGAAGUAUGCAGCGAAGAUCACCCCUCGGUCAGUGUUGACCACUGGAAUUGGCAGCACAAGUGCUGGACUGACUGUAACUGCUGUUAAGGACGGUGGGGAAUGGCAGCUUGAAGCAGGCGCCCUUGUCCUUGCCGAUGGUGGUCUGUGUGCCAUCGAUGAAUUCAACAGCAUCAGAGAACAUGACAGGACAUCUAUCCACGAGGCGAUGGAACAGCAGACCAUCAGUGUAGCUAAAGCUGGUCUUGUGUGCAAGUUGAACACCAGAACAAAAAUCCUCGCUGCAACUAACCCAAAGGGUAACUACGAUCCGGAACAGUCAGUCAGUGUCAACAUCGCCCUGGCGAGCCCCCUGCUCAGCCGAUUUGACCUAGUUCUUGUGUUGCUUGAUACUCAGAAUGAAGAAUGGGACACGGUUGUGUCAAAUUAUAUAUUACAAGGCAAGAACCCCCAAGAUGGUGUUCCUACUGGUGACUUGUGGACAAUCAAAAAGAUGAAAGCUUUCUUCUGUUACAUCAAAUCUUUCGACCCGUCAUUCACUGAUGAAGCUGCAAGGGUUCUACAGUGCUAUUACAAAGCUCAGAGAGCAGCUGAUGGCAGGAAUGCGGCUCGCACCACUAUGCGGCUGUUGGAAAGCAUAAUUAGGCUCUCUCAAGCUCAUGCUCGUCUCAUGUGCCAUGAUGAGGUUACGUUACAAGAUGCCAUCGUGGCAGUCACGCUCAUGGAAUCCUCAAUGCAGGGUGCUGCCCUUCUUGGUGGAGUCAAUGCACUGCACACUUCCUUUCCCAAUGACCCUGAGGCUGAGUACAAAGUACAAGCUGAGAUGAUUCUUGGUAGACUUGGUCUACUGGACCUCUGGCACGAAGAAGCUGUGCGACUGCAGCAGCUGGAGGAGCAGCAAGCCACAGAAAAUGGGAACAAGUCACCAGGGCCAACACCCGGUCCGUCGGAGCAGGGAAAUGCGGACUUCACAACAAAUCUUGAGACAGUUUCUCCAAAAUCAAACUCUGGCAGAAACGAGACACAUCCAAAAGAGGGAAAUUUGGGGAGGCACGUUUCGUCUGUUGUUGGAGAUCAGGUCAAUGCUUCUGUUAGCGGAGUGGACGCUAGGACUAGUCCUAGGCCCGUGACGGAUACGAUGGAUGCAAGUGUUUUAUCCCUCUCAACGUUGCUGAACUCGAGUUCUGAUGGUGUUUUGGAUGAGAGUGUCAUGCCCAGUCCUCUCCUGCGGAAGGUUGUGAAGAAACAUUCCAGGAGACAAGCUGAUAUUGCCAUUGGGAGUGAAAGGGGAUCAGAAAGGUCAGCUGGUGCUGGUGCUGGUGCAAAGACAAAUGUUCGGAGGCCGGGUGAACAGUUUGCGAAUUGUGGGAUUGAAAGAGUAUCCGAUUGCUCUGAUAAGGAUGUAACUUGUCCUGUUGCCAAUAGCCAGGGAUUUUUUGUAGAUGAUUCAGUUUCUGGGAUUGUUGCGGAUUCAAACAUUGGUGGUAAGAACUCUGAUACAAACAAAAGUAAAACAUUGAAGGCCAAAACUGUUGGUGGUCACCAAAAUGGAGGAAAGUGUAAGGUUGUCCCCUCGGAGACAAGUCGUGGAAUUGUUUUGGAGACAUGUGAGUGUGUAAUUGAAGACUGUGAGCAUACUUUGAAAAACUUUCAUUCAAAUGAAAAGGAGAAGCAAAAGUCAAUGAUAAAGGAAUCGGAUCAUUGUGAUAGCAUCUCCACUAUUCCUGAUUCUUUGGAUCCAAGUGCCAAUUCUCCCUCUUGUUGCAGUACACCAGUCAGGCCUGCAGGUGUGAAGAAAUUAACGAAUGUUUCUGGUGCCACCCCAGUCUCAAGACUAACGCUUGCCAAGUUGAAGAAAUUCUCCUUUACUCCUGGAGAGAAGGACAAUCCUUGUGAUAAAACAGAUGAAUCAGGCCUGGAUGAUAAAACAGUUCGUGUGAGAGAAGAAAGGCUUACUAAGGGAAAGGGAGAGGACAAGCCUGACCCAUGUGUAAAUCUUAGUACUAACAACACAAAGGGUUUGAGACAGAGUUCCAUUUCUGUACAAUUUGACACGAACAAAAAUGAGAUUAAGCAGACAAAGCGCAGUAGAAUUUUAGAUCUGAUUGAGAAAAAUCCCCCUGGUCCAAAAUUAACUUCUCCUAAAACCUCCACAAGACUGAUAUCUGACAGACAUCUUUUGCCAGCAGUGUCGUCCAAAGAAACGUCUUCUAAAAACGUUGCCCAUACUUUUGGUUCAAUCUUCUCUUCGCCAAAGUUUGUUGACAGCUUGAAUGAUCAAGACUAUGUUGGGGACAUCACUGAUGCUGAUCUUGAUCUUGACUUCACUCUGCAACCACUAAAGAAACAAAAACGUUGAAACGUUGAUAUAUUUUGUCAUUAA